CAUUCUGGGACACAAACAGUGGUCGAGGAGCCCGAUCAGCGGCUUCCAGCGCGGAGGAGAGACGGCGAGAAGGAGCCACGACAGCCCGCCACCGGAGACCCGAGCAAGUGCGUCCUCACACCCGACCCCGCCGCUCUGUUGUCCGGGUGCACAGGAGCUGCAAGGUCCCGCUCGAGUCCGUGCAUUGCAGCCGUGGAGUUUAUCCACACGGAGAGCUAGUUAGCUAACGGGAGUAAGUUAGCCUCGCUGGGAUUCAUGCUAGUGGCUUGACGUUAGCUCCGUGUGGCUGCUGCUGCUGCUGCUGCUGCUGGAAAAAGUUUGUGUUUGUUUUGCUCCUGGUCUCAGUCCGGGGACGUGUCGGAUUUGUUUGCCCUCGCAGCUCGUGUCCUGCUGUCCUGACCCCCGCCUCCAUCAUCUGUCCUGAAGCCGAGGAGGAGGAGGAGAGGAGGGGGGACAACAACUCUGAACAUGGCGAGUUUCUCAGACAGAGGUGUUAAAAGUGGCUCUUUCAAGUGGUCGGACCGGCACGUAGCCCCGCGGGUGGACCCCAGAUAAACACGGUUAAAGCGGACACCUCGUGUGAUGGCCAAGGACAGUGACGGAUUUCACGUGUGUGUCUCAUUGCACAGUUGCAGAGUGAAGCCAUCUCCAACAUAAAGUUUGUGAAGACUGACUGAAACCUUUAACAUCACAGCUGUCUCCAGGUGGGACCCUUCAUCUGCUGCCCCCGGAGCUCCUCUGAGGGCCAACAUGUCAGUGUCAGGGGCCACGACCGUGCAGCUGCUCACCAAGCUUGUGAAGCAUGCAGUGGGCAAGGCUCAGAUCCAGCUCAACCGCUGGCUGCAGAGGACUGCCACAGAGGACUGUGACAAAAUCGACAUCCUGAUCUGCAGCGCCUUCGAUGAGAGAGGAGCCGGAGUGGGGAAGUCGGACGGUGACCCGGAGGUGACCGGUGACCCUGGGGGGAUGAGCUUCGCCGGUGGUGGGGGAGACUUCAGACACCCCUGCUGCAUCACCACCUUCUGCUUCAAGGGGGCCCUGCUGGCGUGCAUCCUGACCGCCGUGUGCUUCUCCUCGGUCGCCCUCGUGCGCCAAUACCUCAAGGACCUCCUGCUCUGGGUGGAGAGCCUGGACAGCCUCGUCGGGGCCUUUCUCUUCAUAGUUGGUUUGAUUAUUGUGUCGUUCCCAUGCGGAUGGGGAUACAUUGUUCUUAAUGUGGCAGCUGGCUACCUCUACGGCUUUGUGCUGGGCAUGGGACUGGUCAUGGUGGGAGUGUUAAUAGGGACCUUUGUGGCACACCUGGUCUGCAAGCGCUUACUGACUGACUGGGUGCUGAACAAGGUUGGGAACAGUGAACAGCUCAGUGCUGUCAUACGAGUGGUGGAGGGAGGAAGUGGACUGAAAGUUGUGGCCUUAGCGAGACUCACCCCCAUUCCCUUUGGGCUUCAAAAUGCAGUUUUCUCGAUCACAGAUGUGUCCUUGCCAAACUACCUGGUGGCUUCCUCUGUGGGUCUGUUGCCCACCCAGCUCCUCAACUCCUACCUGGGCACCACGCUCCGCACCAUGGAGGACGUCAUCGCUGAGCAGAGCAUCAGCGGCUACUUUGUGUUCACCCUGCAGAUUGUCAUCAGCAUCGGCCUGAUGUUCUACGUCGUACACCGGGCUCAGGUAGAGCUCAACGCCGCCCUCGCCGCGUGCCAGAUGGAGCUGAAGUCGUCCCACAUGAACGGGUCCUCCACCAAUCACAGCAGCUUCAGCUACUGCAGCAAGAGGGCGACAGCUGGAAGUGGAAACUGCGUUAAUGUGGUGUGACCCUCAAUUAACUACAUGAGGUGGUAGCUCCUAUGACUGAGCUGUAAGACGACAGAUCUGAAGGGAGCCGUCUGAGACACGGCCCAAAACCCUGUUGGUGGUGGAGUGGUACAUCUUCACCCAUGUGAAGAAAACUCAAGUGUACGUAUUCAGUCGGUACAUCUUUUUUUUUUUGUAUUGGGACCACGCGCCUUUGAAGAAAAGCUGUUGAUGAAAAUAGAUUCAAGGUAUAUUAUUGUGGGAAUUUAUUUUUAAUUUGUAUUAUUUUCAUCAAGGUACUUAACAUUUACUGUUACAGGAGAUGUCAAUGAAAUUAGGAUUUUAAGAGAAAUCAGCAGUGGCUGAAUGAGUGAGUGAGUCAUGUGAAAAAAAAAAAAACUGUUGGCAUUAACUGCCUGCUAAAACUAUGAAUGUGCAAUCUGGAGCUUUCUAGAGAACCAAGGAAUUGUUUUCAGUGUCAAAAGAAUGCCAACCUAUGCACCUUUAACUCAUACUACAUCUGUUUUCAUUUAAUUUCAGGAUAUUUUAGGAUUUGUCGACGUCCCGUGUUAAUUUAGAAUGAUGUAAAUAAUAAGGGCAUUAAUAAUAUUUUUGUAAAAAUUUGGCUUUUUAGUCCAGUUAAUUUUGAAGUGUCUUAUUUUUGGACUACGGCGCGGGGCGAGGAGCAGUGAGUCCUACAGGCCUCUCUGACUUGCUUAUGACCACAUCAGCUGAAUUGGCCUCCCCCUGCCCGCAGAUCAUUUUAGCACUUCUGCAGUUUUGAGAAGCAGCAGCUGGAGAGGGGAGCAGAAUUCACAGCAGGAAACUCAGGAACGGGUCUGGCAGGAAAGUGGAAAUGCACAGUGCGAGCAGCUCCUCAGCAGCACAGCCACAUGCUCGGCUGCAGAAACUGAGCAUGUGGCUGUGCUUUCUUUUGAAAGGUUAUGACUACCUUGGUUUUACAUUCGCUUUUUUAAAAUUUAAUACAUAGUUUUUGCUUAAGAUAGUUUUGACAAUGCUGUGCAAUACAUCAGUGAUGAAGUGUGAAUGUCAUAUAUUACAGUGCUGAAACCAAACUAAUCAGAGAUGAAAUGUCAUGCAUGACAAAAUAACACACAGCUGUUUUUUGGGGGUUUUACUUACAUAAGAGGAGUAAGCUUGAUGAGAUAAAGAGGCUGUUAUUUUCUAUGUGCCAUAAUUUGAUAAAGUUUAUUAGACAUUGUAACACUGGCUCCACCUGAGCUGAGGCUGUGUGACUUAUGACUUUAUUUUAUUACUUAAUAAUGUUGAAAAUGAUAGAAAUGACCUGUGAAGAAUCCUAAUGUUUAUUCUCUUGAUGACACAUCAACAUACUCUCAUCGUGCAUAUUCGUAUGCACAGUCCACGACAACAUUAUUUUCAUAAAGAUAAGUUAAAGUGGGAAGGGGUUUGUUUGGUCAGGAGAUGGAACAUGGGUCUCAGAAGCUGACAAUCAAACACUAAAGUGAUGAAUGUGAUGAUACUUUUUUAUUUUUACAUCAAUUAUUGUGAUGCUGCUCCCCAGUCAAAAUUUGAUUGAGGAAUAUAAAGGGCUCCUAUAUGAAAUAUCCAUUUUUAUGUCCCUACAUCGGUUCAAAAUUCUUUUUUGUUUUGAAUUUUUAUGUUAUGCAUGUUGUUGUUUUUUUUUAAGUCAGAGUUAAUGUUUGCCCACAUUCCAUGCUGUCGGUCUGAAAAGAUGUCAAGUUAUUCUCAUGCUAUAUGUUGGUUGAAAGGGCCCCUUCCUGUCUGAAUUUAGCAAUAAUGUUUGAAAGUCAAGAGCAAAAAAAAAAAAUUUUUAAUCAGAUAGAAGUCCUACCAAUAAGAUCUUCAGCCAAUUGUUGAGGAGUUGCCGUUCGCAUCCAAAGUUCCAGACAUAUUUGUCAACUGCAUUUGAUUCGUUGGUCGAUUCACGUUCCUCUGUAAGAUUGAGUUUCAACAUUCCCACGUUCCAAUGUUCGACCUGCCUUUUACCUCCUCCUGCCUCUGACGGACAUCUCUGCGUUGACUAAGACGUGGAAGUGAGACGCCACCUCUGAGAUCAGAACAGCCUGUUCAGCUUCUCAACGCUUUGUUCGGAGAGUCACUUAGCCCGCUGAUCACUUAAUAAUUGCGAUCAACCUCCCACUCCUGUUACAUGAAAAUCUUGCUAAUUGCACCUGAGCAUUUUUCCAGCGUCCUACUUGAAUUGAACGUUUACGGAGAGAGAGAGACGAGAGCAUGUUUUUAUGGCUGCGGGCUUCGUGAAAUAUACUCUCGUCUCCUCACUUUUAAAGGCAUGGAAAUUAGUUUAAAUGGGAAAAUAUAAAUGCACAAGGUUUUCAUCUGACAGCAGUGGACUGUACCUACUCUCCAAAUAAAGUGUGAAUCGUGCAGCUGUUCCGCUCAGAAGUGGGAGAGAAGUGGACGUUACACCGUGUUUGAUUCGAAAAUAUAAAAACGGGAAACUUGAUCGGCCACCGCGGGCACGCUUCAUAAUAUUUCAGCUUCUCGACCAGAAAAAAGAUUUUGGAAAAACGAGCAGUUUUUACAGCAGAGGCUUUGGUUCUUUCUAGGUGGGCUCUAUUUAACUUAGAUCUAGUUAUGCAACAACUGAUUCCUGAGGGAAGUAUAUUUCAUAGGCACCCACACAAGACCCUGAAUCUGGGUCUGGGACGUAACUGCACACCUGUCCUCUUACAGGGGACUACAGUAUGAGAUCAUGAACUUUAAAGGGUCCCGUUUGGUGCUAUGAAAUGCAAUACUUCCCCAUCUGUAUCAAGUGCAUUACACAUAUACUGUAUUUUGUAAUAGAGAGAAUUUUACAGUGUAUAAAUAUUGAUAUUUAUCGCUGUACGAUGCUUGUUCAGUGUUAUUUAUGAGAGAGAAAAUAAAACCUGUCAGGCUUUGUUACAAA